AUGGCAGUGGAAGAGGGAGCGGUACAAUCUGACAGCAAUGCCAGUUACCUGCGAGCAGCCCGGGCUGGAAACCUUGAAAAAGUCCUUGAUUACCUCAAGACUGGGGUUGAGAUCAAUAUUUGUAAUCAGAAUGGUUUGAACGCUCUUCAUCUGGCCUCCAAAGAGGGGCACGUGGAGGUUGUUGCUGAGCUGCUGAAGCUCGAAGCCUCAGUGGAUGCAGCCACAAAGAAAGGAAACACUGCUCUGCAUAUAGCAUCGCUGGCUGGACAGGCGGAAGUCGUCAAAGAGCUUGUCACCAACGGAGCCAAUGUCAACGCACAGUCUCAGAAUGGUUUCACUCCGCUCUACAUGGCAGCCCAGGAGAAUCACCUGGAAGUUGUCAGAUUUCUUUUGGAGAAUGGUUCCAGUCAGAGUAUGGCCACUGAGGACGGCUUCACCCCUCUGGCGGUGGCCCUCCAGCAGGGCCAUGACCAGGUGGUCUCCUUGCUUUUGGAGAACGAUACAAAGGGCAAGGUGCGCCUGCCUGCCCUGCACAUCGCCGCCCGCAAGGAUGACACCAAGGCCGCGGCCCUGCUCCUGCAGAACGACCACAAUGCAGACGUGGAAUCCAAGAGCGGCUUCACUCCUCUCCACAUCGCUGCUCACUAUGGGAACAUCAAUGUGGCUACACUUUUGCUAAAUAGAGGGGCUGCUGUGGACUUCAUGGCAAGAAAUGACAUCACACCGCUUCAUGUGGCAUCAAAACGGGGCAAUAGUAACAUGGUUAAGCUGCUACUGGACAGAGGAUCCAAAAUGGAUGCAAAAACCAAGGAUGGUCUUACACCGCUUCACUGUGGGGCAAGAAGUGGUCAUGCACAGGUUGUUGAAAUACUGCUCGACAGAGGAGCUCCCUUUCUGUCCAAGACCAAGAACGGCCUGUCGCCUCUCCACAUGGCAACUCAGGGGGACCACCUCAACUGCGUCCAGCUUUUGUUGCAGCACAAUGUUCCUGUGGACGAUGUGACCAACGACUACCUGACGGCCCUCCACGUGGCUGCGCACUGCGGACACUACAAGGUGGCCAAGCUUCUCGUGGACAAGAAGGCCAAUCCAAAUGCCAAGGCUCUGAAUGGAUUCACGCCACUGCACAUAGCCUGCAAGAAGAACAGAGUGAGAGUGAUGGAGUUGUUGCUUAAACAUGGGGCUUCAAUUCAAGCUGUCACUGAGUCUGGUCUCACGCCAAUCCAUGUGGCAGCAUUUAUGGGUCAUGAGAACAUUGUCAAUUCACUAACUCAUCAUGGAGCAUCACCAAAUACCACCAAUGUAAGAGGGGAAACGGCUCUCCACAUGGCGGCAAGAGCGGGUCAGGCAGAUGUGGUAAAGUACUUGCUCAAAAAUGGUGCAAAAGUGGAGACCAAGUCCAAGGACGACCAGACUGCGUUGCACAUCUCCAGCCGGCUCGGGAAAGUGGAAAUAGUCCAACAGCUACUGCAGUGCGGCGCCUCUGCCAAUGCUGCCACCACCUCAGGCUACACCCCACUUCACCUGGCUGCGCGUGAAGGACACCAGGAUGUGGCGGCCAUGCUGCUGGAGAACGGUGCCACUCUGUCCUCGUCCACCAAGAAAGGAUUCAGUCCUUUGCAUGUAGCAGCAAAGUACGGGAAGAUGGAAGUUGCCAGUCUGCUCCUACACAAAAGAGCUGCGCCUGAUGCUGCCGGAAAGAGCGGGCUCACUCCUCUGCAUGUGGCCGCUCACUACGAUAAUCAGAGAGUGGCUCUGCUGCUGCUGGACCAGGGAGCGUCCCCUCACUCUGCUGCCAAGAAUGGCUACACGCCGCUACACAUCGCUGCCAAAAAGAACCAAAUGGACAUUGGGACCACGUUGCUGGAGUAUGGGGCCGACACAAACGCAGUGACGCGGCAGGGCAUCAGUCCCAUUCACCUGGCAGCUCAGGAAGGCAGCGUCGACCUGGUGUCUCUGCUGCUGGCCAAGGACGCUCAUGUCGACGUGUGCAAUAAGAACGGACUUACACCUCUUCAUUUAGCAGCUCAGGAAGAUAAAGUUAAUGUUGCAGAAGUCCUGCUCAAUCAUGGGGCUGAUAUAAACACCCCCACAAAGACUGGCUACACUCCAUUACAUGUGGCCUGUCAUUAUGGGAACUCAAAGAUGGCAAACUUCUUGUUGCACCAUCAUGCAAGAAUUAACGGAAAAACAAAGACCGGGUACACGCCUCUCCACCAGGCCGCUCAACAGGGCCACACGCACAUCAUCAACCUGCUGCUUCAGCACGGAGCCUCGGCCAAUGAGCUCACCCUGAACGGGAACACUGCCUUGUCCAUCGCCCGCCGUCUCGGCUACAUCUCUGUGGUGGACACUCUGCGGCCUGUUACCGACGACAACCUGAAUUCAGUGCAGGUUGCUGCAGAAAAAAAUAAAAUCAAUGUCCCAGAGACAAUGAACGAGUUCUUGGACAUGUCCGAUGAUGAAGGUGAUGAGGCCAUGACUGGAGACACAGACAAAUACCUGCGGCCCCAGGACCUCAAGGAGCUCGGGGAUGACUCUCUCCCUCAGGAGGGUUACAUGGGCUUCAGUAUCGGUGCUCGCUCAGCCAGCCCUAGAAUCAGUUCGGAUAGGUCCAACACACUCAACCGGAGCUCCUAUGCACGGGACAGUAUGAUGAUCGAGGAGAUAUUGGCGCCCACCAAAGACACGCUUCAGAGUGUCUGUAAAGACAUAUCCUACUUGGUUGACCCCCUAAACAAGCAUCUGGCGGUGACGAGGGAUUACAACACUGAGUGUAUGCGGCGCUACAGCUGGACUCCGGACAUGACGGACCACAGCCACCACACUGUGUCCAGCCCCAUCCAUUCUGGCUUGUCCUCCCCGCUCCCUCAGUAUGACUCCAGAUUUUUGGUCAGCUUCAUGGUGGAUGCUCGAGGUGGAUCCAUGAGGGGUAGUCGGCACAAUGGAAUGCGGAUUAUAAUUCCUCCGAGGAAAUGUACCGCACCCACUCGAAUCACCUGUCGCUUGGCCAAGAGGCACAAGCUGGCAUACCCUCCCCCCAUGGUGGAGGGAGAGGGCCUGGUCAGUCGCUUGGUGGAGGUCGGGCCAGCAGGAGCACAAUUUCUUGGCCCAGUGAUUGUGGAGAUUCCUCAUUUCGGUUCAAUGCGUGGCAAAGAGAGGGAGCUUAUUGUUCUAAGGAGUGACAAUGGUGACACCUGGAAGGAGCAUCAGUCUGAUGGUCGACCUGAAGACCUGGUCGAGCUGCUCAGUGGAAUGGACGAAGAGCUAGACAGUCCAGCUGAGUUGGAGAAGAAACGCAUUUGUCGCAUUGUCACACAAGAUUUCCCUCAGUAUUUUGCUGUCGUUUCACGAAUCAAACAGGAGUCAAACCACAUGGGUCCAGAUGGAGGUAUGCUGUCCAGCUCCACAGUACCAAUGGUCCAGGCUUCAUUUCCUCCAGGAGCACUCACUAAGAAGAUACGGGUUGGCCUUCAGGCCCAGCCAGUGCCUGAUGACAUGGUGAGAGCAGUUCUUGGGAACAGAGCCACCUUCAGCCCUAUUGUCACUGUGGAACCCAGAAGAAGAAAGUUCCACAAGCCCAUCACCAUGACGAUACCUGUUCCUCCUCGAUCAGCUGAGGGUCAUCCAAGCGGCCAGAGAGGAGACGCAGCGCCAUGCCUCCGUCUGCUCUGCAGCAUCACAGGAGGCACGUCUCCAGCCCAGUGGGAAGACAUCACAGGGACAACACCUCUCUCCUUUGUUACAGAUUGUGUGUCCUUCACCACAAAUGUAUCGGCCAGGUUUUGGCUCGCAGACUGUCACCAGAUUCCUGAGACGGUUAGUUUAGCGUCUCAGUUAUACCGGGAGCUGAUCUGCGUGCCGUAUCUGGCCAAGUUUGUGGUGUUUGCCAAAAUGAACGACAUUGUAGAGGCUCGGCUCCGCUGUUUCUGCAUGACGGAUGACAAGGUGGACAAGACUCUGGAACAACAAGAGAACUUUGAAGAAGUAGCUCGCAGUAAAGACAUUGAGGUCCUGGAAGGAAAACCAAUAUUUAUUGAUUGUUAUGGCAACUUGUCACCGUUGACCAAAGGGGGCCAUCAAUUGGUUUUUAACUUUUUCUCCUUCAAAGAAAACAGACUCCCGUUCAAUGUGAAGAUCAGGGACAUGGGCCAGGAUCCUUGUGGCCGCUUGUCUUUUUUGAGGGAACCGAAAUCCACUAAAGGUCUGCCUCAGACUGCCAUAUGCAAUUUGAAUAUCAUACUGCCAACACACAAAAAGGAUUUGGAGUCUGAUCCUGAUGAUGAGACUGAAAAGCCCGAACGACGUCAUACCUUUGCCUCCUUAGCUUUGCGUAAGCGCUACAGCUAUUUGACCGACCAGGCCUUGAGUCCUCAGAGCCCAUGUGAGCGCACCGACCUGCGAAUGGCUAUUGUGGCAGAUCACUUGGGACUCAGUUGGACAGAGUUGGCAAGGGAGAUGAACUUUACUGUGGAUGAGAUAAACCACAUCAGACUCGAGAACCCAAACUCUCUAACAGCUCAGAGCUUCAUGCUGCUAAAGAAAUGGGUCAACAGAGAAGGAAAAAACUCCACAACGGAUGCCUUAUCCACAGUCCUGACUAAAGUAAAUCGGAUGGAUAUUGUCACUCUACUGGAAGGCCCAAUUUUCGACUAUGGUAACAUUUCAGGCACCAGAUGUUUUGCUGAUGAUAACGUUUUCCGGGAUCAGGCUGAUGAUUAUCACAGCAUUCUAGCGGAGCUGCUGUCCCCCGCCGUACUUCAUUCUAGUCCCAGCUUCCUGGAGUCCGACCUCCCCGUCACACCCAACCCUUCUCUCGCCUUAUCUCCGCAACAAUAUUUUAGCGAUGCAGAUUCCAUGGUUCCCCCGCCUUACAGCUCACAGUUUGAUAACGCUGGUGGAGACAGCCCCCCCCAAAGCCCCCCAAGACCCUCCCAGCUCACCCUAACAGCCCCUGUCUUUGCACUCCCUGAUCCCCUUCCAUCACUCGUCAGAAAGCCUCACAUUGCUCUGAACGAUCAGCUUCUUCUGAGUGAAGAAGAAGACAGAUCCUGCCCACAGCAAAUCCACAAAGCAAAGACACACCCAGCUCCCGGUCUGUGCGAGCCGGACAUCGACAUGGCUUUCUACACAUCCUCUCCAUCGCUCUCAUCCAUAUCAUCCAUUACUCCAUCAACUCCUGAAAGGGUUCACCUCGGAGACUCAUCCCCGACCAGCCUUCAUAUACUUGCCCCAGAAGAUGUGUUUCUAAAAGAGAGUAAAAAGGACAUGGCCGAUGAAACCGAGAAAGUUGCUGAGAAGGUCAAGGCAGAGUUGGAGGCUAUCGAACAAAUGAGAACACAAGAGGCAGCAGCUGAAGUGCUCAAGGACAAAUGCUCAGAGGCGGAGGAGGACAGCGAGGAAACAAACGGUGCAACUAUCAAGAACAUGCUCCGCCAGGUGGAACAGGCAGAAAAAGACUUGUGUUCACUUUCAGGUUGGCACAGUAGUGACUCGUCCAGCGUUAAUGUGGAGCCACCAACACCGGGCCGCAGUGUCAGCUCCGACCUCCUUGACAAACGAGAAGGACUCGAGAUUUCUAGCGACUCCAUUACUUCUUCAUCCAGAGGCGAAUCAGGAAGGUCCAGACCAAACAACAACUCGAAGCACUCCCCUCAGGACACCUCACCGCAGUCUUCGAACGUCAAAAAAGAGGAGGGGGCACUAGUCUCAGAGAAAAAAAUCCAGUGUUUUAGUGCUGACUCUGGCUCAGAGGAAGAACAAACUGUAACCACCAGAAUCUUCAGACGCCGUAUAAUUUUGAAGGGCGAAGAGGCGAGAAAUAUUUCAGGCGAGAGUAUGACGGAGGAGCACUACAUGGAUCACGAUGGUAACCUCGUCAGUAGAAAAAUCAUCAGAAAAGUUAUCCGCCGGGUUUCCACGCCAACACCGGACAACCAAGGCGGUGACAGUGGAGGGAGUCGGAGAGUGCACAGUCCUGCCCUGUCUGAGGCGUGCUCAGAGGUCGGACAUAGUGUGAUAUGCAAGGCAAUGGGUCCAGAAACAACAGAAGAAAGGAAGAUAGACGGUCAAGUGACAAAAAGCACCACUCAUAGCAAGGUUGUCUUCCAGAAAUAA